CUGACUUCCCUCUGAGUCGUUUGUCACUCCGACAUCCUCCUCUCGCUUCCAGCUGGGCGGAGCGUUGACAUCAACAGUCACCUGGACAGCAUUUUAAGCUAACACUGACUUAAGAUACCUGUGCACUCGGCUGCAAUCAACAGGGAACUAAUGUGAAGAGAAGAAAGUCAGAUGGACAGGGAAAGGUAGAGAGAGCAGAGAGGAGGGGUUGGACAAGGCAAGAAUGUAAAAAUAGAUGGCUCAAAUGAAAGGAAACAGUAAAGACACCUGAAGAGGGCUGUAAGAAGAAGACACCCUCACAGGAGCCAGUGAGACGAAGAGUAAAAGAUAUCUGGCAACAAGGAGAAGAAGGAGAGCACUAACAAGGGAAUAAUAAGGGAAUAAAGGAGCGACAGGGGCCUUGCCAACUGGAUGUCUUAGCCAUGAACCCAAGCUUGACCUUUGUCUUGUUUCUGCUGCUGAGUCUUCACACUUGCACAGCCAUGAGAGGUAGAGCUCAGCACAGACAGAGACGAGCUGAGGAGAGCCUGAGACCAUAUAUUGGCAGAGUAAAGCCAGAACAGCUUUGCAAGCUCCUGAAGUGUCACAGUCCAGUAGGAUCUUGGUGCCAAGUGGUUCAGGAAAAUGGAGUCCUCAUCCCAAAGUGUGUUUGUCCUCAGUCUUGUCCAAGGCAGAGGGCGCCAGUGUGCAGUGUUCUGGGAAAGACCUAUGGGAAUGAAUGUUUUCUGCAUAAAGAAGCCUGCAGAAAGAGACGCCACACUGGACUGGCUCACACAGGACCCUGUCUGGUCCCCAAGGCUAAAUGCACUGGGGAGGAGUUAGGCCAGUUUCCAUACCGUCUCCUGGACUGGUUUCUGCUCCUGAGUCGAAUGGGAGAGUCCUACGCACCUGCUGCCCCAACCCAGAGCUGCCUCAGCCACGCCCAGAGGACACAACUCGCACAGAAAAGGUUUGCCUUACUGGACAAGAACAAAGAUGGGAAGUUGAGCCGCAGGGACUUGAAGAAGCUGCAUUACAAGAGGAUGCCUCUGGAGCACUGUGCUACACAAUUUUUUCAGUCAUGUGACCGCAACAGGAACAGGAAAGUGACCCUGAGAGAGUGGACGACCUGUCUCGUGGAUCGCUCCGAGGCCUGGUUCUACCAUUUCAUGUCAAUGCGAAUGGGAUCCCGCAAGCUGUGUCCUACAAUCAAAGAGAACUACCUUUGAGAUGAAAAAUGGUUAUUGACUCCUGCUUCUCUUUUGUACUGUAAAGAACUCUCUGAAGACAAUCUACCACCACCAUCAUCACAGUUAUUCACAGGAUGCCAUCUCUACACACUACUCACUCAUCUGUUUUACUCAGUAUUGCAGCUGGUAAUAUAUUAGUGAUUUAUCACAUCAUCAAAUAUGAAAGUCUGCAGUUUGUCUGUGCACUCGUGUGUGCACAAAUAAAUGUCUGGCCAGUAUUGUUAAUUACAGUUGCUGACAUUUGUACAUUUGUGUUGUAAAAGAGCAGAGACAGUUGGUAAAAUGUUAAAUACAAAAUGACAUGGCAUGCUCGAAUAACCAAUUAAAAAGGAGGAUGAAAGUGGCAUAGUCAGACAGCUUAAUGUACAGAGAAUGAUAAACUAGAUGGGAAAUAAAGAUCAGGAGAAAAGGAACGCUUAGUGUGAGAUGACGUGACUGGAGAAGAGACAAAGAGAUAAUAAAAGGGGGUGAAGGGGAGAAUUAGAUGAAAGUGUCAUAAUGUACUGGAGGAGAGUGAGGGGGGAGGCAAAGUGACUGAAAGAAGAAGAGAGAAGUACAAAGUGUGUUUGUGAAAGAUGGGAAGAGGUAAUGCACUGUAAAUGGGAGUUGAGAGUAAUGGAGUAAUGCAUAAAAAAUGGAUCAGAAAUGAGGGAAAGACUGAGAACGGAGAGUGAGAGGGGGGAAGGGUUAGCUUAGAAAGUGGGAGGAAGUAAGGAGAAAGGAAAUGCAGGAAAAAAGGUUUCGAUGCUCCAAAACAUUUCUUUUACAGACCGCUCUGUAAAUAGCAUCCCGGAGCAUGAUGCAGAAUAUCUGGAACACUUGACCUCUGUCAAGGUCAGAAAACUUGUAUAAUGCAUGCUUGCUGACUUUUUGUUUGUAUGUACCAUCCACAAUACAUGCUGCUCUAAAAAC